UUGAAGCAGAGCUGCAAUUGUCUAUAUAUUUAAUCCCCUUCACAUUCAUGUUACCCAGUAAAAAAUCCCCAAAAUGAAAGACCUAUAUAUUCAGCAGCCCUCACAAUUGUUGCUUUUGCCUCUAGCUUGUGUCAGUUUCAGCAGUUGAAGGUCAAGCCCACCGCUACAGCGCCUUUUUCUCUCGCCGGCGAAGAAUCGGAUUCACCGUUUCUGCCGAUCAACCGCCAACGAUGACUAAUGAUGCGGGUGAUGAAGAAAAGGAGGAAUUCGUGGAGGUUGAUCCGACCAGUCGUUACGGUCGCUACGAUGAGCUGAUGGGGGCGGGGGCUGUGAAGAAAGUGUACAGAGCCUUCGACCAAGAAGAAGGCAUCGAGGUGGCGUGGAACCAAGUUAAGCUGCGCAACUUUGCCGAUGACGAGAGCAUGAUCAACCGGUUGUUUUCGGAGGUUGGAUUGCUGCGGCAGCUGAAGAACAAGAACAUCAUCUCCCUGUACUCGGUGUGGCGGGACGAGAAGAGGAAUACGCUGAAUUUCAUCACCGAGGCCUGCACUUCGGGGAAUUUGAGGGAGUACAGGAAGAAGCACAAGCAAGUUUCAACAAAAGCUUUGAAGAAGUGGUCGAGGCAGAUACUCAAGGGGCUGGACUAUUUGCAUUCUAGUGAGCCAUGUGUAAUUCACAGGGACCUCAAUUGCAGCAAUGUCUUCAUCAAUGGAAACAUUGGUCAGGUUAAAAUUGGUGAUUUCGGCUUGGCAGUCACAGUUGGGAGAAAUCAUUCAGCUCAUUCAGUGAUAGGUACACCGGAGUUCAUGGCACCUGAACUCUACGACGAGGACUACACAGAGCUAAUAGAUAUAUAUUCAUUCGGCAUGUGCUUGCUCGAGCUGGUGACUCUAGAGGUACCCUACAGCGAGUGUGACAACGUUGCCAAGAUAUUCAAAAAGGUAACAUCCGGUGUGAGACCGGAAGCCAUGAAAAAGGUCAAGGACCCAGAGUUGGUAGCAUUCAUUGAGAAGUGCCUAGCUCAGCCAAGGGCUAGACCCUCUGCUGCUGAUCUCCUCAAGGACCCCUUUUUUGAUGGAAUUUACGACGACGAUGACGAAGAAAAUGCUGAUGAGUAAAGUAGAGUAGGUGAUUCAUGUAAUUUUCUUUGGGGAUUUUAGGUAACAUUGUUUUUGUUUUAGCCAUUGGAUUUUGAAAGGUGUGCCUUGGUUGUGGUUUCUCAGGAUUUGAUGUUUUUUUUUGUUGUUUAGUCUUUUGAGUAACACCAAGGCCUGGUUUUGGCUGUGUAAUCUGGUGUGGUUUUUGUAUAUAGAGCUUGAAUUUGUUGAUGA